GAGCGCCACUCUUUGUCACUUUGAAUAAAAAUGGCAUCCCUUCCAUACACCUGCAACACCUGUCUUAUUGCGUUUCGCGGCAGCGAUGCGCAGCGGGACCACAUGCGCCGAGACUGGCACUUGUAUAACAUGAAGCGUCGCAUUGCAUCUCUGCCUCCCGUGUCUCAGGAAACUUUCAACGAGAAGGUUCUUGCCGCCAAAGCGACCACCACUGCCGCCGCCGCCAAGGCCGCCUUUGAAACGACCUGCGUCGCCUGCCAGAAGACUUUCUACAGCGAAAACUCAUAUCAAAACCAUAUCAAGAGCUCCAAGCACAAGGCCCGCGAAGCACGUAUGAAACGCGAACAUGCCGACGAUGCCUCGUCAGUCAUGAGCUCUACUUUCUCCUUGGGCGAGCCUAUCAAUAAGCCCCAGCGCGUCGGUGAGGCAGAGGUGUCUAAGGUGGCCGAUACUCUGAAGGAGGCCACCAUUGAAGAGGAAAAUGAAGAGGGUGAAGAUGAAGAGAUGUCCGAUGAUUCUUUCUCGUCUGCCCGUUGCUUGUUCUGCCCCAACACGGCAGCCGAUAUCCAGGAGAACACUGAGCACAUGCUCAAAGCCCACGGCAUGUUCAUCCCGGAGAAGGAGUAUCUGGCCGACUUGGAAGGUCUCCUCAACUACCUCUACCGCAAGAUUAAUGAGAACAGCGAAUGCACUUACUGUCAUGUUAUCAAGAAUAGCCCCGCCGCUAUCCGCACUCACAUGAAAGACAAGGGCCACUGCAUGAUUGCUUUCGAGUCCGAGGAUGAGCAGAUUGAGAUCGGCCAGUACUAUGAUUUCCGCAGCACUUACUCCGAUGAUGAGGGUGAUUGGGAGUCCACAAAUAGCGAGACGCCCGAGGAAGGAGGAGUUAAGAUUCAGGGCGAGGAUGAGGGCUGGGAGACUGAGACCUCCGCGUCAUCCGUCGAUGAAGAUGAGCUGGACAACCGCAAGAGCGCACCCGUGGUCUACGCCACUGAUUAUGAACUCCACCUUCCUUCUGGGAAGAGCGUUGGCCACCGCUCCCUUGCCAAGUACUAUCGCCAGAACCUCCACAACUACCCCUCUGCCGAUGAGCGUGCGGCCCAUCAACUCGCCAUCGAGAACGGCGAGGCUAUGGAUGUGGAUGAGAAACCUCGCGGUCGUAACCUCAACCGAGCCCUCAUCACCCGUGCCAACGGCGGUACGGGAAUGAUCGGUGUUUCAGACACCCAGAAACGCCUUGUUGUGGAAAGCGAGCGUAAGGAGCGCACUCGGGCUAUUCGACAAGAGAUGCGGCACAUGGCUCGGGUCAACCGCGCAGGCAACAACCAAAAACACUUCCGCGAUCCUCUCCUGCAAUAAACUCAUGCAUAUGUUCUAUCUGCAUCAUUUGAUGAGUACAUGAUUUGGUUGAGGUCGUUUGUUUCCGUUGCCUCUUGGGUUUCUGCACUAAAUUUCGAGCAUUACACUUUGGAGUUGUGGUAGGGUACAUCUUUGUACAUACUUUAGUAUGGCAAAAGUUUAGAUCAAACAAUCACAACGAUCUACAUGUCCGGUUGGCUAUUCUACCGGUGAUAUCAAUCGG